CGCGCUCGCGGGAAAACUCGUCUGUCUUGGUGACGGGCUCGCCGGUGGGGCUGUGAAGCAGCCAUGAGCCUCUGGGUGGACAAAUACCGGCCGAGCUCCCUUGCACGGCUGGACUAUCACAAGGAGCAGGCAGCACAGCUGCGCAACCUGGUGCAGUGUGGAGACUUUCCUCACCUCUUAGUAUAUGGACCAUCGGGUGCUGGAAAAAAGACAAGAAUUAUGUGUAUUCUACGUGAACUUUAUGGUGUUGGGGUGGAAAAACUGAGAAUUGAGCAUCAGACUAUCACAACUCCAUCUAAGAAAAAAAUUGAGAUCAGCACCAUUGCAAGUAACUACCACCUUGAGGUUAACCCCAGCGAUGCAGGAAACAGCGACCGGGUCGUAAUCCAGGAGAUGCUGAAGACAGUGGCCCAGUCACAACAGCUUGAAACCAGCUCACAAAGAGACUUCAAAGUGGUGUUACUGACAGAGGUGGACAAGCUCACGAAGGACGCCCAGCACGCCUUGCGCAGGACCAUGGAGAAGUACAUGUCUACCUGCAGGCUGAUCCUGUGCUGCAAUUCCACGUCCAAAGUGAUACCCCCCAUCCGAAGCAGGUGCCUGGCCAUCCGUGUGCCUGCCCCCAGCAUCGAAGAUAUUUGCAGUGUACUGUCCACCGUCUGCAAGAAGGAAGGUCUGGCCCUUCCUUCAAAGUUGGCUCGCAGGCUGGCCGAGAAGUCGUGCAGGAACCUCAGGAAGGCCUUACUUAUGUGCGAAGCCUGCCGAGUGCAGCAAUACCCUUUCACCGAAGACCAAGAAAUCCCUGAGACAGACUGGGAGGUGUACCUGAGGGAGACUGCAAAUGCCAUUGUCAGUCAGCAGACGCCACAGAGGCUCCUCGAAGUCCGAGGAAGGCUCUAUGAGCUUCUGACGCACUGUAUUCCUCCUGAGGUAAUCAUGAAGGGCCUGCUCUCAGAACUCCUGCAUAACUGUGACGGGCAGCUGAAAGGGGAAGUGGCACAGAUGGCGGCCUAUUAUGAGCAUCGCCUGCAGCUGGGCAGCAAAGCGAUCUAUCAUCUGGAAGCAUUUGUGGCGAAGUUUAUGGCACUUUAUAAGAAGUUCAUGGAGGACGGGCUGGAAGGCAUGGUGUUCUGACUCGGCUCCUCCGAGCAGGGCAGAUGCCUGGUUUAUGUAAACGUACGCUGGGACUUUGGAUACAAUAAACUGCUUUACCUGGUAAAGGACUGUGGUCUUAAAAACUAA